GCGAAACCGGCUUUCAUACCAGAAGAUCUGCCGAGAUGUUCAAAUCCAGUGCUCUAGUCGCUUGCUUGUUCCUAGCCGUGGCUGCUGCCAGCCCCGUGCUGAAAACCCAGCAACCGGAUGGCCGUAUUGCCGGAGGUAUCGAUGCUGAGGAAGGACAGUUCCCGUACCAGGUUUCGCUCCGUACCUCGUCGAACAAUGCUCAUUUCUGCGGUGGCUCGGUUCUCAAUAACCGUUGGAUCAUCACUGCCGCAUCUUGCGCUCAGGGUAAGGUACCAGCCGGAAUCACUGUCAUGGCUGGUAGCAAGAGUCUAACCCGAGGUGGAUCGUACCACCAGGUCGACCGCAUCGUCGUUCAUCCCAACUUCGAUGAAUUCACCCUGUCUAAUGAUGUGUCCGUUAUGCGAGUUCGCAACCCAUUCCUACUGAGCCAAACCAUCAUGGCAGUGCAGAUGUCCAGUGAAUACGUUUCGAUUGCCUAUGGAGCAUUGGUGUCCGGAUGGGGUCGUCGCGCGAUGGAUAACCCGACCUUCCCGGAUUGGCUGCAGUACGUCCCGGUGAAUAUCAUCUCCAACACCGAAUGUAAAGUGCGCUUCGAAGCUCCCUACGACGGCCGCAUUAACGACAAUGUGAUCUGCUCGUCGAGCCCUAUGGGACGUGGCACUUGCUUGGGAGAUGCCGGCGGUCCACUGCUGCACGGUGGUGAACUGCAGGGAGUCGUCUCGUGGGGAAUCCCAUGCGGAAUGGGCUUCCCAGAUGUGUUCGCUCGCGUCUCGAACCACCGCGCGUGGGUUCUGGUCCACACUAUGGUUUAAGUUAGCUGUAAGGUUGGAACCGUUGGAGAAAAAAAAAAUAAAAAAAAAAA